CCAGUAGAUGGAAAAACCUGUAUUGCAGUCCCCUGGCAUCACCAAGUGCACAUAAUUUGAACACAGAGACAGGCUCCUGUAGCAAUGCACUAAACUCUCCUGGGCAUCUCAAAUCGACUAACAAAGCACUACUAACCUGUGGCAGCUCAGGUUACCUGAGCAUGCAUUCUGCCCUGAGCUCUCAGUCGUCAGUGGACAGUGAGCUGAGUACAUCCGAUGACUCCAUCUCGAUGGGAUAUAAACUGCAGGACUUGACGGAUGUCCAGGUUAUGGCACGCCUUCAGGAAGAAAGUCUGCGUCAGGACUGUGCCUCUAGCUCUGCCUCUGUGUCACGCCGCAGCUCCAGUGCCUCCCUCCACUCCCUGCGAAGAGGGACCUACAGCGAUCAGGAGUUUGAUACGUACAGCCUGGAGGAUGAGGACGAUUACGACUGUUCCCUGUCGUACCGCAGCGCUCACAGAUACUCCCCGUCUCCACUCAGUUCACCCCGAUGUCAGUCCCCUUCUUCUGGUGCAGAUUAUAGUAGGGCAUCUACCUCUCGUAUCCGCCCCCCGAGGAGAUCCGUGCAAGGCACAAUGCAAGACCGCCUGAAGUAUGCAAACAGUGAAGAGGAGAUGCGGCACAGUAUGCCCAACCUGGCUAGAACGAGCCUCCGGGCUUUGGAGUCCGUACGGAGCAGUCGGAGCUUGGAAUCGGAUCUGCAGGUGCCAAGCAGUCGACUUUCAAGAAUCCAGCAACCAUCAACAAGUCUGGCUCCCAGCAAGCUCAGGUAUUCCUCCAGCACUGGGCAGACUCCCUUAACGGUGCGACAAUCGAUGAAAGCGGGGACAUGCACUAGCUCCCUCUUAACACCUAGGCAGCCUGUAAAAGCCUGUGGUUACACAAAUCCUGUCAGUGGAGUGCGAAAACCGCAGACGUCUUCGCUCAGCGCGGGCUCUUCCAGUAGCAGCUCUGCUACUAGAGGCAGCAGCAUGGUCACUGUAGCUAAAAAUUCACCCGUUAAAGCACGAACGUCUGUGGGAGGAACUUCAGUGCCCAAGAGUAAACUGGCACCACCAUCCAAGAGAUUUCUUCAAUCAGCCAAGACCAGUCAGACAGCAGCUGACGAUUCCUGGAAGGAGGGGUGUUACUGACACAACCCAAAGAGCUGCCCUGCCCAACACCUGUGUGAUGCAGAGCCCCAGCUGGCUGGGCAUGAGAACAUUAUUUUAAAACAAACCUCUUCUCACCAGACCCAUCACCUUGGGGACUGACUUGUAUAGUUCUUCGCCUCUUGAACACAAACUUAUUUUUGGCAAGAGCUUGGCCUCUUCACUGGUGGAACAGGCACCU